AUGUACGUGGUUAGCAUUCCUCGAUACCAGCCCUCAGCUGGCCAAUCACAGCAGGCCCGCAAAGCUCCAACACUGCCCAAACCAUCCCUGCCGCUGCUGUCGCGUCACGGUUUAGCAUGGGGUUUUUUCCCCGUGUAUUGUUGUUUUGCUGUCAUUGUGCUCAUUGUUGUCGUCGCAUUCCUCUCCAUUGACUGAUGAGUGGGCUCCAUUCCGCGCAGAAACGUCGCUGUCUGGUUGCGGCACACAGGUGCGCCAGUGUCGCAGUCUUGCGUCAUGGCGUGUCCUUCCCCGCUGCUGCCAUCCUUCUUCGCCACUUCUAGAAGCCUUUAGCUCCGUAUCAGCCUGUUCCAUGUAGCCUAGAAGCAAACGCCCCAUCGUUGCUUGCAUCUCAUCCCAUCCCACACCCACAGGCACACACACGACCACCUCAACCCUCUUGCUCCCUCAACCUGGCCUGCUGCUCCGUCCUCCACCUCGCACCGUCACGCUCCAUCCCAUCCCUCCCUGGGCCCCAGCUUCACUCUUGCCCUCACCCUCUUGCCGUCUUCAUAAUCAUGGCAUGCCGCUGGCUACCGUAGGCGAGAAAAAAGCUUGAUGUUCCCAACAGCCCCGGUCGCAAUCAUCGUGUCAGCUUUUGGCCCACUCCGCCCACUCCGCCCACGCCAAUCACCCUCCUCUCUCGCCCGCUAGCAUACAUGUGUAUAUUUUUCUUGCCUUGUCAGCUGCCUGAUCUUGCCAUCAUCGCCUCGCCAACUGCUGCCUCCAACUGCGCUGUGCACAUCAUCACAUCUCAAUCUUAUUCUUUCCCUAGUAAACCCCUACUACCAUGGAAACUACCAAGUUGUGGACGGCCCAAUCCCUCCCGACAAUGCUUUCCGCUGUGGUAUCAUAGUACGCCAUCCAUCCACCCAUGUAUCCCUCCGAAUCCUUUCAUAAACUCCGAGCAAGACCAGCCCGCCAAUUGUAAAC